AUGGCCAGCAGCUCCUUGGGUCCAGCAUCACUUCUGCAGCUCUCCUCUUCUUCCAGGUUUGCUAGAGUUUGGAUACCUGACCCUGAGGAAGUUUGGAAGUCAGCAGAGCUGCUCAAAGAUUAUAAACCAGGAGAUAAAGUCCUCCUGCUUCACCUUGAGGAAGGAAAGGAUUUGGAAUAUCGUCUAGAUCCAAAGACCAAGGAACUGCCUCACUUGAGAAACCCUGACAUCCUCGUGGGUGAGAAUGACCUCACAGCCCUCAGCUAUCUUCAUGAGCCUGCUGUGCUCCACAAUCUCAGAGUCCGCUUUAUUGACUCCAAACUUAUUUAUACAUAUUGUGGUAUAGUCCUAGUAGCUAUAAAUCCUUAUGAACAGCUGCCUAUUUAUGGAGAAGAUAUUAUUAAUGCCUAUAGUGGUCAGAAUAUGGGUGAUAUGGAUCCACAUAUCUUUGCAGUAGCUGAAGAAGCUUACAAGCAAAUGGCCAGAGAUGAACGAAAUCAGUCCAUCAUCGUAAGUGGAGAGUCUGGGGCAGGAAAAACAGUCUCAGCUAAGUAUGCCAUGCGAUACUUUGCAACUGUGAGUGGUUCUGCCAGUGAAGCCAAUGUUGAGGAAAAGGUCUUGGCCUCCAACCCCAUCAUGGAGUCCAUUGGAAAUGCUAAGACAACCAGGAAUGAUAAUAGCAGCCGUUUUGGGAAGUAUAUUGAAAUUGGUUUUGAUAAGAGAUAUCGAAUCAUUGGUGCCAAUAUGAGAACUUAUCUUUUAGAGAAAUCCAGAGUGGUAUUCCAGGCAGAAGAGGAGAGAAACUAUCAUAUCUUCUAUCAGCUUUGUGCUUCAGCAAAGUUACCUGAAUUUAAAAUGCUGCGAUUAGGAAAUGCAAAUAACUUUCAUUACACGAACCAAGGUGGCAGUCCUGUGAUUGAAGGAGUUGAUGAUACCAAGGAAAUGGCACAUACCAGGCAGGCCUGCACUCUGCUAGGAAUUAGUGAGUCUUAUCAGAUGGGAAUUUUCCGAAUACUUGCUGGCAUCCUUCACUUAGGCAACGUUGCAUUUAUAUCUCGGGAUUCAGACAGCUGUACAAUACCUCCCAAGCAUGAACCUCUCAGCAUCUUCUCUGACCUUAUGGGCGUGGACUAUGAAGAGAUGUGUCACUGGCUCUGCCAUCGGAAACUGGCUACCACCACAGAGACAUAUAUCAAACCCAUCUCGAAGCUGCAGGCCACGAAUGCCCGUGAUGCUUUGGCCAAGCACAUUUAUGCCAAGCUCUUUAGCUGGAUUGUAGAUCAUGUCAAUCAGGCCCUCCAUUCUGCUGUCAAACAACACUCUUUUAUUGGAGUGCUGGACAUAUACGGAUUUGAAACAUUUGAGAUAAAUAGUUUUGAACAGUUUUGCAUAAAUUAUGCAAAUGAAAAACUACAGCAACAAUUCAAUAUGCAUGUCUUCAAAUUAGAACAGGAAGAAUAUAUGAAGGAACAAAUUCCAUGGACACUCAUAGAUUUUUAUGAUAAUCAGCCUUGCAUUAAUCUUAUAGAAUCUAAACUGGGCAUUCUAGAUUUGCUGGAUGAGGAAUGCAAGAUGCCUAAAGGAACAGAUGACACUUGGGCCCAAAAAUUGUACAACACACAUUUGAACAAAUGUGCGCUCUUUGAAAAGCCCCGUCUAUCAAACAAAGCUUUCAUCAUCCAACAUUUUGCUGACAAAGUGGAAUACCAGUGUGAAGGCUUUUUGGAAAAGAAUAAAGACACUGUCUUUGAAGAACAAAUUAAAGUUCUGAAAUCCAGCAAGUUUAAGAUGCUACCAGAAUUAUUUCAAGAUGAUGAGAAGGCCAUCAGUCCAACAUCAGUCACCUCAUCAGGGCGCACGCCCCUCACUCGUAUUCCUGCAAAGCCCACCAAAGGCAGACCAGGCCAGACGGCCAAAGAGCACAAGAAAACAGUGGGGCACCAGUUCCGAAACUCCCUUCACCUGCUUAUGGAGACCCUCAAUGCCACUACCCCUCACUAUGUACGCUGCAUUAAGCCCAAUGACUUCAAGUUCCCAUUCACGUUUGACGAGAAGAGAGCAGUGCAGCAGCUGAGAGCAUGCGGCGUCCUGGAAACCAUCCGCAUCAGUGCAGCGGGCUUCCCCUCACGGUGGACUUACCAAGAAUUUUUUAGCCGCUACCGUGUCCUAAUGAAGCAAAAGGAUGUGCUGAGUGACAGAAAGCAAACGUGCAAGAAUGUAUUAGAGAAACUGAUACUGGACAAGGACAAAUACCAGUUUGGUAAGACAAAGAUCUUUUUCCGCGCUGGUCAAGUGGCCUAUCUAGAGAAACUGAGGGCAGACAAGCUGAGGGCUGCCUGCAUCCGGAUCCAGAAGACCAUCCGAGGGUGGCUGCUGCGAAAGAAGUACCUGCGCAUGCGGAAGGCGGCCAUCACUGUGCAGAGAUAUGUGCGAGGCUACCAGGCCCGAUGCUAUACUAAGUUCCUGCGCAGAACCAAGGCAGCAACCAUUAUUCAGAAGUACUGGCGCAUGUACGCAGCCCGCAGGAGAUACGAGAUAAGACGAUCGGCCACUAUUGUUCUUCAGUCUUAUUUGCGAGGUUACUUGGCCAGAAAUAGAUAUCGCAAGAUGCUCCGUGAGCACAAAGCAGUUAUCAUUCAGAAGUGGGUCCGGGGCUGGCUGGCUCGCACCCACUACAAGAGGAGCAUGCAUGCCAUCAUUUACCUUCAGUGUUGCUUCCGGCGGAUGAUGGCCAAGCGCGAGCUGAAGAAGCUCAAGAUCGAGGCCCGCUCCGUGGAGCGCUACAAGAAGCUCCACAUUGGCAUGGAGAACAAGAUCAUGCAGCUGCAGCGCAAAGUGGAUGAGCAGAACAAAGACUACAAAUGCCUCAUGGAGAAACUGACCAAUCUGGAAGGAAUAUAUAACUCUGAGACCGAGAAACUACGAAGUGACUUAGAGCGUCUCCAACUAAGUGAGGAGGAAGCUAAGAUUGCUACUGGACGGGUCCUCAGUCUGCAGGAAGAAAUUGCCAAGCUCCGGAAAGACCUGGAACAAACUCAGUCGGAGAAAAAAUCCAUUGAGGAGUGUGCAGAUAGAUACAAACAGGAAACCGAGCAGCUGGUAUCAAAUCUGAAGGAAGAAAAUACUUUGCUGAAGCAGGAAAAAGAGGCCCUCAAUCAUCUUAUCGUGGAGCAGGCUAAGGAGAUGACAGAGACUAUGGAGAAGAAGUUAGUAGAAGAAACAAAACAACUGGAACUCGAUCUUAAUGAUGAAAGGCUGAGAUACCAGAACCUUCUGAAUGAGUUCAGUCGCUUAGAAGAACGCUACGAUGACCUCAAGGAAGAGAUGACUCUGAUGGGGAAUGUGCCUAAGCCUGGACACAAGAGAACAGACUCCACCCACAGCAGCAAUGAGUCUGAAUACACCUUUAGUUCUGAAAUUGCAGAAACUGAAGAUAUGCCCUUGAGGACAGAGGAGCCAAGUGAGAAGAAGGUGCCUCUGGACAUGUCAUUGUUCCUCAAGCUCCAGAAGCGGGUCACAGAGCUGGAGCAGGAGAAGCAGGUGAUGCAGGAUGAGCUGGACCGCAAGGAGGAGCAGAUGCUCCGCAGCAAGGCAAAGGAAGAAGAAAGACCACAAAUUAGAGGUGCAGAACUGGAAUAUGAGUCACUCAAGCGUCAGGAGCUGGAAUCAGAAAACAAAAAACUGAAAAAUGAGCUAAAUGAGCUACGCAAGGCCCUUAGUGAGAAAAGUGCCCCAGAGGUGACGGCUCCAGGUGCACCAGCCUAUCGUGUCCUCAUGGAGCAGCUGACCUCUGUGAGUGAGGAGCUUGAUGUCCGUAAGGAGGAAGUCCUCAUCUUGAGGUCUCAGCUGGUGAGCCAGAAGGAGGCCAUCCAACCUAAGGAUGACAAGAACACAAUGACAGAUUCCACAAUACUUUUGGAAGAUGUACAAAAAAUGAAAGAUAAAGGUGAAAUAGCCCAAGCAUACAUUGGUUUGAAAGAAACGAACAGAUCACCUGCUAUGGAUUGCCAUGAGUUGAAUGAGGAUGGAGAGCUGUGGCUGGUUUAUGAAGGGUUAAAACAAGCCAACAGGCUCCUGGAAUCCCAGCUGCAGUCACAGAAGAGGAGCCACGAGAAUGAGGCAGAAGCCCUUCGCGGGGAGAUCCAGAGCCUGAAGGAGGAGAACAACCGGCAGCAGCAGCUGCUGGCCCAGAACCUGCAGCUGCCCCCGGAGGCCCGCAUCGAGGCCAGCCUGCAGCAUGAGAUCACCAGGCUGACCAACGAAAACUUGUAUUUUGAGGAAUUAUAUGCAGAUGACCCUAAGAAGUAUCAGUCAUAUCGGAUUUCACUUUACAAACGGAUGAUUGAUUUGAUGGAACAGCUUGAAAAACAAGAUAAGACUGUUCGGAAACUGAAAAAACAACUGAAAGUAUUUGCCAAAAAAAUUGGUGAACUAGAAGUGGGCCAGAUGGAGAACAUAUCCCCAGGACAGAUUAUUGAUGAACCCAUCCGUCCAGUCAACAUUCCAAGGAAAGAAAAGGAUUUCCAAGGAAUGCUGGAAUACAAGAAGGAGGAUGAACAAAAGCUUGUUAAGAACCUGAUUCUGGAACUGAAGCCACGUGGUGUGGCAGUCAAUUUGAUUCCAGGGUUACCAGCAUAUAUCCUGUUCAUGUGUGUUCGACAUGCUGACUACCUGAAUGAUGAUCAGAAAGUAAGGUCAUUGCUAACAUCAACAAUUAACAGCAUCAAAAAAGUAUUAAAGAAAAGAGGUGAUGAUUUCGAAACCGUGUCCUUCUGGCUCUCUAACACAUGCCGAUUUUUGCACUGUUUGAAGCAGUACAGUGGCGAGGAGGGCUUUAUGAAACACAACACAUCUCGCCAGAAUGAACACUGCCUCACCAAUUUUGACCUGGCUGAGUACCGGCAGGUGCUAAGUGACUUGGCUAUUCAGAUCUACCAGCAGCUCGUGCGGGUGUUAGAGAACAUCCUGCAGCCAAUGAUCGUCUCUGGCAUGCUGGAGCACGAAACCAUUCAGGGUGUGUCUGGCGUGAAGCCCACGGGGCUCAGAAAGCGAACCUCCAGCAUCGCAGACGAGGGCACCUACACACUGGACUCCAUCCUUCGGCAGCUCAACUCCUUCCACUCGGUCCUGUGUCAGCACGGCAUGGAUCCUGAACUGAUCAAGCAGGUGGUCAAGCAGAUGUUCUACAUCGUUGGGGCCGUCACCCUGAACAACCUCCUCCUGCGCAAGGAUAUGUGCUCCUGGAGUAAAGGCAUGCAGAUCAGGUACAAUGUCAGUCAACUGGAAGAAUGGCUGCGUGACAAGAAUCUGAUGACUAGCGGGGCUAAGGAAACCCUGGAACCUCUCAUUCAGGCUGCUCAGCUCUUACAAGUGAAAAAGAAGACAGAUGAUGAUGCAGAAGCUAUCUGUUCCAUGUGCAGUGCUCUGACUACUGCCCAGAUUGUCAAAGUGUUGAAUUUGUAUACUCCAGUUAAUGAGUUUGAAGAAAGAGUCUCUGUAUCAUUUAUUCGUACUAUACAGAUGCGUUUACGAGACAGGAAAGACUCUCCUCAGCUGCUCAUGGAUGCUAAACACAUCUUUCCUGUCACCUUUCCUUUUAACCCAUCCUCCCUUGCACUAGAAACCAUCCAGAUUCCAGCCAGCCUGGGCCUGGGAUUCAUAUCACGGGUCUGAAGGUGAUGUGAUGUCAAGGCAAACAGUGACAAUAAGAACCCAUUAUUUCUAGUGAGCUACUGAAAAGACAUUUUUAAAGAGACAGUACUAAUUAUCUUUCAAACGAGAGGUUAUUAAUCGGAAAUCUCCCUAAAUACUUUCAUCAUCUUGGAAAGAACGAUAGGCUUCUUUGUGCUGUGUUACCUUACCAGCAACACUCACCCUGGAUCAGUUAGGUAUCCCGAGGUACAUGCAGGUGAAUGACAGAAGGAAAAGGGAAAAAAAGGUCUCCAGCUGCCAGCAUUUAUUUUAAAUCCUUGGCACUGCAUCUAAAUGGUAUGGUAAAAAUGAAAAUUCCAGGUAUGAGCUGUUGUUAGGAAGACACCUACAAAGAGCCUCCUCUACGCGGGCCAGAAGAAUUGAAAGAAAAAUUACCAUUGAGUACAUAUCAUAACAGUUCAGGAAUCAGUUAUGUUGAUGCUGUCAAACUGGAUCAAAGAAAUAAACUGGCAAUAUGUAAAGUACUUGGUCAAGUAAAUUCCUUAUGUGUCACUAUGAUAUAGAGAUAUUAAGAGAAUGUUGGUUUGCCAUAUAGCAUAGAAGUCCAUUUGUACUGUAGUUUACUGAGCAUUUUAAAUUGCUGCUACAAACUGUGUUCUUUAAUAUAUAAACGGUAUUCUUAUUAGGCACUACAAUAAUAAGCUUCUCUUUUAUCGACUCUGUUUACAAUUCAAUCAGAUCAGUUUUAACUGGAUUAUGUGCAAAUAUAUACAGAUUCACCUGCACAAGUAGCAGACACUGGGAAGUCAUGUAGUAAUAUGACAAAAUAUUUGACAUUUAGGGAUAGGAUUAGACAAAGUGGCUGUUGUUGAUGUCAUUAUUUAUUCAGAAUGUAUUACAUUGAUGUGCUCAUUCAUUUUCCCUGGGUGGAUAUCACAUCAGGGUACAGUGUUCUGUGAAGUGACUUAUUUUUAGUUCCCAGACCAGAUUCCUGCACUGCAUAUUUUCAAUCCUGACAGGUUUUCUUUCUUCUUCUUAAUUUAUUAAGAAUUAAUCUCAGUCACUAUCUAGAGAAGAUUCAGGUCUUGAAACCUUGAUUAUCCUAUAAAUUAUGCAAAAGAAGGUAUAUAAUAAAUACUAUGGUUCCAUUUUUUUUAGGCUUUGCAAGUUCUGUAAAUGUUCUCAGUACCACUAGAUACUUUAAGGAGCAUCGUAUUAGGAAUACUUUAAGACUUAUGUAAGAAAUACAAGAAGAUUGCUAAAUUUUACAGAGGAUAUGUUUCAAUAAGACCCAGAUCCUAUAAGUUUCAUUCUGAAAUCCUAAUUAAACAUAUUCUCAAUUUUUCCUGGAAAUCCUAGACAGUGGGUCUUUCAGGUUGUGCAAGAGCAAAUUCUUAGCUUUCAUUAGAAACUCUGGUUCUGAAUCACAAACAUAGAUUUAUAUAACUUAACUGUUAGAUGGUCUAUGAAAAAUGACAUCUUAUUAAAACAUGUGCAAUAUUAAUGGAAGUCAGUUUCAAAUCAUGAUAAAGAUUGUUAUUAAAAGAUAAACACUGUUAACUUA